AUGCCUGGUCACCCAUGCACCGUUGGUGCUCUGAAGAGAGUGUUUGAAUCUGACCUUCCCCCAGAUCAGGUGGUCCCAAACCCCGUCUUCCAAGUGCUUCAGAUCAAGCCUAUUGCUGCUCAGCCAAAUGCCCCGGAGCGGUAUCGCAUUGUCUUCUCGGACACAGAGAACUUUAUACAGUCUAUGCUUGCUACCCAGGCGAAUCACCUAGUACUAUCUAAAGAGCUUGAAAAGGGCUGUUUUGUUCGUUUACUCGCUUAUCAAGCCAACCAGGUCAAAGAGAAGAAAAUUUUGAUAGUGCUUGGUCUGGAAGUGCUUAAGGAACAUGGAAAGAGAGAAAAAAUCGGAAACCCGGUCUCGUUAGAGCAAGAUCCCGCUACUCGUGGGCCAGCCACAUCCACAGGCAAUUCUGCAGCGCCACCCCAGCAAGCUUCUGCGACAGCGUUUUAUGGAAACAAACCGGCAGCAGCACCAGCUCCUCAAAGAGCCACCGCUCAAAAACCAAGUUCACGCCCGGGAGCCACUGGACAUGAUCGUAUUUACCCAAUCGAGUCUCUUUCGCCCUACCAAAAUAAAUGGACUAUCAAGGCUCGUGUUACGUCGAAAUCCGAGAUCAAAACAUGGCAAAAUCAGAAGGGGGAGGGUAGACUUUUUACUGUCAAUCUCCUUGAUGAGAGUGGAGAGAUUCGUGCUACUGGAUUUAACGACCAGGUUGAUUCGCUGUAUGAGCUGUUCCAAGAGGGCGAGGUGUAUUACAUCUCUAAAUGCCGAGUCGGUAUGGCAAAGCGCCAAUUUUCCAACAUUAACAACGAUUACGAGUUAUCUUUCGAACGUGACACGGAAGUUGAAAGGUGCACUGAUGUAGACGAUAGCGUUCCUCAGGUCCGGUUUAGCUUCAUUCAAUUCGCCGACCUUGAGAGUGUACAGAAAGAUGCCAUGAUCGAUGUUAUUGGGGUGAUUAAAGAAGUUGGUGAUCUUAGCACAGUCACCUCAAAAGUUUCACAAAAGCCUUACUCAAAGCGGGAAUUAACCCUUGUCGACAAGACCAAUUAUCUCGUCCGUUGCACAGUGUGGGGAAAAGUUGCAGAGAGUUGGGAAAUGUCUCAAGAUGAAAUUGUAGCCUUCAAAGGGGUCAAAGUCAGCGACUUUGGUGGGCGCUCUCUGAGCAUGCUGCACAGUUCAACUAUGUCAGCCAACCCCGAUAUUGACGAAGCCCACAUACUCAGAGGCUGGUAUGACGGACAAGGUCGUGGAGAAAUUUUCCAGAGCCAUCAGGGACUAUCAGGCAUGGGCGCAGCUGGAGGGGGGAAAGAAGAUGUGAAGAAUUUGACGCAGAUUAAAGAAGAUAACUUUGGCAUGGGGGAGAAACCGGAUUAUUUCACGACUAAAGCAACAAUUGUGUACAUCAAGCAGGACAACAUCUCUUAUCCUGCUUGUCUGAGUGAGACUUGUAACAAGAAGGUUGUGCCAGUGGAUGGUGGGUGGAGGUGUGAGAGGUGUGAUGUAACGCACCCUAAGCCUCAGUACAGAUACAUCAUGACUAUUUCAUGUAACGACGCCUUUGGGCAAGCAUGGCUUAGCUGCUUCGACGACGUCGGCAGGAUGAUCAUGGGAAAAACCGCAGAUGAGCUCCAUGAGCUUAGCGAUACGGAUGGCAUGAACGAAAACAGGGCACUCACAAACGUCUUCACAGAAGCUAACUGCAAAACCUAUUCCUUCAGGUGUCGGGCUAAGCUGGACACAUACGAUGGUCAACAGAGGGUCAGGUAUCAGGUUGUGAGUGCCAGCCCGCUGAAUUAUGCAGUAGAAGCGGCAAGAUUGGUGGAGCAGAUUAAGCUAUAUUCGAUGAAUUAG